AGCAGACUGCUCUCCUACCAGGACAGAGAUGAGAGUAAGAAGGAAGGAUCUUUCACUUUUGCUUUUAAUGUGUGCAGCUCUUUCUAAUGCUCUCCCUGUACACCCAGAGAAAGACAACGAAGAAGAUGCAAAGCUUGUACAGGACUAUUUAAAUAAAUUCUAUGCUAUUGAGCCUGAUCCAAAUCAGCUUGGAUGGAAAUUAAAUGCUGAAUCCACAUCUGAAAAACUUCAGAAAAUGCAACAAUUUUUCGGUUUGAAAGUGACUGGAAAACCAGAUACUGAGACAUUGGAAAUGAUGAAAAAACCCAGGUGCGGAGUUCCCGAUGUGGGUCUUUAUGGUGUUACUCUGCCAGGAUGGAAAAAAACCAAGCUGACAUACAGGAUUGUGAACCACACACCAGAUAUGAGCAAAGAGGAUGUGGAUAAAGCAAUCCAUAAGGCAUUCAAAGUGUGGAGCACUGUCACCCCUCUGAUUUUCACUCAUAUUCAUGAGGGAAUAGCAGAUAUAAUGAUUGCUUUUGGGACCAAAGCUCAUGGACACUGUCCUCGCGUUUUUGAUGGCCCCCUUGGUGUCCUUGGUCAUGCCUUUCCACCCGGCAAUGGUUUUGGUGGUGAUGUGCACUUUGAUGAGGAUGAGGAUUGGACCACAGGCUCAGCUGGGUUCAACUUGUUCCUUGUUGCUGCUCAUGAGUUUGGCCACGCCCUGGGUCUCUCCCAUUCUAAUGACCAGAGGGCUUUGAUGUUCCCCAACUAUGCCUACAUCAGCCCCAGUGAAUUUCCCCUCUCUCCAGAUGAUAUAAAUGGCAUACAGUCCAUUUAUGGAUCUCCACCAAAUGUCCCAGACAAAAGGCCAGCCACUCCUACCCCACCUAAGACCUGUGGCUCCCAGAUGUUUUUCAAUGCUAUAACUACACUCCGACGAGAAGUCAUUUUUCUAAAGGGCAGGCAUUUAUGGCGAGUCUAUCCUGAUAACUCAGAAGUUGAGCGUGAAUUAAUUUCUACCUUCUGGCCAACUCUGCCACCUGGUAUUGAAGCUGUGUAUGAGAACAUGAAAGACCAGAUCCUAUUUUUCAAAGGCAAUAAAUUCUGGGUUGUCAGUGGAUAUCAGGUGUUGCUUGGUUAUCCACAGAAUAUCCACACAUUGGGCUUCCCUAAAGGUGUCAAGAAAAUUGAUGCAGCUGUUUGUAAUAAAAAUACAGGGAAGACAGACUUUUUCAUAGGUGACAAAUACUGGAGGUUUGAUGAAAACAGCCAGUCCAUGGAGAAGGGUUAUCCUAGACAGACAGUCAAUGACUUUCCAGGAAUUAGCCAGAGGGUUGAUGCUGUUUUCCAACAGAAAGGGUUAUUCUACUUCUUCCAUGGAUCAAAGCAGUGGGAGUUCGACCCUACUGCUAAAAAAGUUAUCCGCGAAAUAAAGAGUAACAGCUGGUUUAACUGUUAAUAUCAUUAAACCUUUUUACACACAGCAAUUGAGAAUAAAAAUCAUUCUAGAUUUCUCAAAGCUUGUUGAUAAAACACUACUAUACAGAAGAGGAAACAGGACUAGUU